UCAGUCUGGGUGGUAUGCUUCUUUGGGGCUUCUCCAUACCGUAAUUUUCCCGGAUGUGGGAAAGACAGUGAAGGUGGACUCAUGAGAGAACAAUACAUGUUUCACAUUGUCCACAGCCCAAAAUUUUCACUGAUGGCACCAUUGAUAUAGUAGCCCGGCCAUGUAUAUUGACCCUGUGGAACUCUCAACGGACAGUUUUAAUGGAAACCGUUGAGGUGCACAUUUAAUUCUGCAGUGAGUUGGCCAGCUGUGGAAGAUUGUCUACCAGGCUGCUCAAAUUUAUGGAACCCAGAGCACCUGGAGCACCUGUCCACACCCAUCACAGGAUGAUCGGUCUAUUCUUGAAACGUCAGGAAAGGUCUACAUACGAUCACCUGCGUUCAUGGGAACACAUGGCAAGUUCCAACUCGAUGCAUAAACCUAUCAACAUCUUCGGGUACCUCCUCUUAUGCCUCUACCCAUCAUCAACGUGCCCUUCGAGAGCAUCGGGAUGGACAUCGUAGACUAUGCCACCCACUACCCAGAGGCAGUCCCUUUACAGAAAGCCGGUUUGGCAUAACAGCAGAGAUUCUGACCUACCAGGGAACCCACUUUUUGUCCCGGCUAAUGGCUGACCUCUGCCAUCUGCUGAGAGUGAAGCAAUUGAGGACCACGGUCUACCACUCCCAGGCUAACGGCCUAGUCAAAAGGUUUGACCAGACUCUCAAACAGAUGCUUCAAUGCGUGGUGGCAGAGGACAGGCGAGACUGAGACUUGAUGUUGCCAUACAUCCUCUUCGGCAUCAGGGAAGUUCCCCAGGCCUCAACUAGCUUAACUCCAUUCAAGCUCCUCUUUGGCCAACAGCCCCGGGGCCUGGAUGUCGCCAAGGAGGCGUGGGAACAGUAGCCGGCCACCCAUCGCACCGUCGUGGAGCACAUAAGAGAGAUGAGAGAAAGAAUCGAUUGGGUCAUGCCAUUAGUCUGGGAACACCUGUCUAAGGCCUAACAAGCACAACAAUGACACUACAACAGGGCAGCCCAACCACGGGAAUUCUAGGCCAGAGAUAACGUGAUGGUCUUCGUCCCCACAGCCAUGUGUAAGUUCCUGGCAACCUGGCAAGGCCGCUACUCAGUACUAGAACGGAUUGGCCCAGUUACCUACCAGAUGCGCCAGCCAGGCUGCCGAUGCCCUGAGCAACUAUACCACGUCAACCUCUUCAAGAAGUGGAGAGAACUCCUCCAGUCCUGUGGUUGUUGAUUUCAGCCCCCAUCUCUCGGCUGCUCGGAAGGGGGAGCUCCAGCACCUGGUCGGUCAGUUUUCUGAUGUGUCCUCGCCCCUCCACGGGCGGACCCACGUCAUCGAACAUGAGAUCCAGGUGGCCCCAGGAGUCAUCGUCCGGCAACGGCCCUACCGUGUCCCAGAGGCUUGUCGGCAGGCUAUUGAGGAGGAAAUUCAACAAAUUCUCAAGUUAGGGGUGAUCGAACCCUCCCGUAGCCCCGGGUCCAGCCUGAUUGUAAGGGUCCCGAAGCACCGACGGCACCCUCCGCUUUUGUAACGACUUCUGCCGGGUAAAUGAGGCCUCCAAAUUUGAUGGAUACCCCAUGCCAUGUGUAGAUGAGUUGCUGGACCAAUUGGGAAGGGCCCGGUAUCUCAUCGUUAGACCUAACAAAAGGAUACUGGCAGGUACUCCUCUCGGAAACUGCUAAACCGAAAACUGCUUUUUCUACCCCCAGUGGCCACUGUGAGUAUCGGACCCUUCCCUUCGGUCUACACAGGGCCGCCACAACCUUCCAGCGGAUGAUGGACAUCGUCUUGUGGCCACACCAGACCUAUGUAGCGGACUACUUGGACGACGUGGUCAUACAUUCAGAGACCUGGGAGGAUCACCUCGAGCGACUGCGGAGGGUGCUGUCCAAACUACGGAGGGCUGGACUUACAGUCAAUCUCAGGAAAUGUCAUCUGGCGCUCUCUGAAGUCAAGUACCUGGGUUUCCAAAUUGGGAGGGGCCUCAUCCGGCCCCAGGAGAAGUUGGAAGCGGUACAGAGCCUUCCUGGGGUUGGCGGUCUACUAUAGGUGUUUCAUGCCUAAUUUCUCUUUAGCUGCCUGACCAGAAGGGGCAGCCGGAAAAGGUGACCUGGGUGGUCUUUUCUUUUCCUCACUAGAAAGCAGCGUAUGACCAAUCAGCCACCACUUCACGGCCCAGAUCCACUGCACCAGAAGAAAGGAGGAGAAAGAGAGAGCACCUCAGCAACACACACCACUGGGACACUGACCAGCACCUGUAUUAUUCAGUGUUUGUUUAAUAAAUCCUCCCUCCCAUAUUUUGUUAAGGCAGAAUAGACACAUCGACUUGGAUAUAUAAUAAUAAUAAUAGCCAAGCAAAAUGUCCUAAUAAAUAUUUCAAGAUUAACAUGUGUUCCACAAUUUGCAUUUUUAAGAAUAAAAUUUGUCAGGCACAUUUCCAUCACACAAAAUGUCAGAUGUGAGUUUAACUGACUGAUGACCUAGAUGACUAACUCCUUUUUCUGGUGAGAUUUUGAAGUGCACAUCUAAUUGGGCCACAAGAGAGGAGUUAUCCAACUUAUUUUGCGUAAGUAAGCCAGUGAAAGUCUUAAUAUUGGGAGAUAUACCAGGGCCAGUGUCUCUUUUGGAGAAAGCUUAAAGGCAUACUAUGAUCAUAUGUGCCUUUAUAACAAUUGCAUUACAGCCCUGACAAUCACUGAACUUUUGUUCACUUCUGCUAUGUGACAGUUAAUCACUGUUUAUAGGUACCAUAGAAAUGAAUGAGAAGUGCUGUAAUCUGAAAAUUAUCCAUGACCACUUUUUUUUAAAUUUGUCUGUUUUUGCCAACUCCUACCAAACACACCUGAAGCAACUAAUUCAGUCUUCAGGAUAUAUUUUUGUUAACCAUGGAAGCAUGUCUUAAACUGUAUUUCAGUCAGCAAUUUUGAAUCUGCGGAUAUGCUAGACUUCAGAUUUAUUAGCUGCUGUAGAUAAAUAUCUAGAAGAAUAACAAACUAAGCAAGUAAAUGUGUUUAUAAUUAUAACCAGUGUGUUUAUAAUUUUGGCAACGUUAAAAAAAAGCCAUUUUGCUGUUUUAAGCAGAAUAACAAGCUGUUUUGGAUUUCAAUUUACAGAUGGUCACACCUGCUGUUACGUCAAAAAUUUUAGUUUUAAUUAUUUUUAUUUAUGUUUGUUUUAAAUGCCUCGCCUUGAAAGUAGACAGAGGAGUGCGGUUAAAGUUCAAGGCGGAGGCAAAGACAAACAGUUAAGACAAACAGUUCUCACUCUGACGUGGAUUUAUCAUUUAGAUUAAACAAAAGAUCAGAAUCUUUUUAACCCAAUGAGCAUCAAGCUAUGUCGCCAGCCAGUCAUUAUCGUACCUUUUGUUAUUCUGUGACAUAGCAGUGUGACUAGUUUAACAGGAUAUUUUUUUGCAGGGUGCAUAUUUUUCACUUAUAAACGGAUAUGACAGACUUGCUGUGGUCAGAUCAUCCAAAAUGGAUUCAAAUCCACCAGUUUGCAGGUUAAGAAACCACGUACUAAGUGCAUGUUUUGCUUGGAUUACAUUCUGCCUGAUUGUAUGGCAACUGAAUUGUUUCCAAAUCGGAACAUUUCAUCUCCCUGCCCCUAAACCAUUUUCUCGAAAAAAUUAUUCAUCACCAGUAUCAGUGUUUGACAUGGGAAUCAGUGAUGAGGAGUGGGAAAGACUACAGAAGGCUCUUAACUGGCCCGGUCCAGAUCAACUAAUCACUCAGCUGAAUCUGACCACAAGUCCAGUCCACUCGACAUUCUCUGUUGUGGAACCCAAAAACAGUUACAAAGUAGGAGAAAACAUCUCCGUUAUUAUCAUUUACAUUUACAUUUACUGGGGUUACCCGAGCCUGCAAAACAAACAAGUCAUCAAUAUCCUUCCCAACACUGCAGGCAUUGGCAAAACGGAGAAAUGCAGAUCUGGCUUGACAACACCAGUUCCAGCGGGGUUCUAUUUCAAAGAUGUUUGGACGUCUUUUGUAUGCAACACUCAACAGUUUAAUUCUUCAAAAAUGUGGAACUGUCUACAAAAUAAGAUUGUCUACAUGAUGGGAGACUCCACCACAAGGCAGUGGUUUGAAUUUUUUGAAAAUAAAGUGCCAGGCAUAAAAAGAAUGGACCUCCACACUCCUCGUUUGGCUGGACCCCUGAUGGCUGUGGAAUUAAAAAAUAAUAUCAUUAUUCACUGGAGGCCUCAUGGUGUUCCUUUGCGGUUUACUAUAAUGCCUAUGACCGACCUGCAUUAUAUCGCCAAUGAUAUUGAUAAAAUAGCCGGUGGUCCUCAUGUAGUCGUUGUCUUUACACUCUUUGCCCACCUGGUGUUUCAUCCAAUAACAUUUUAUGUUCAUAAAGUGGCCAAAAUCCGUCAGUCUGUUGUAGCGCUGCUAAGUCGCGCGCCAGAGACCACCGUCAUCAUCAAGUCUGGAAACACUGCAGGUCUAAAGGACAUUUUUCAAAGUGACUGGUAUGCGGUGCAAGAAAACAUAGUGAUGAAAGAGAUGUUCAGAGAUAUUGAUGGAGUAAUCUACUUUGAUGUCUGGCAGAUGACUUCCUGUCACUAUCUCACUGAAAAUGUUCACCCAGGACCUGUUGUCAUAGCUAAUGAAAUCAACAUGUUUCUCUCAUAUGUCUGUCCUGCCUAAAAAACAAUAUUUGUUUUUUCAUCUAAAGCAUAAAAUAAAAAUAUGUUGCAUUAGAAACUUAAUAAUAUUAACUUUUGUGUAAAUAUACAUUUAGUAAAUAAAGUGCUUUUGUAUGUUAUAAUAAUCUGUACAUUAAAUGCCUUUUAUGUUGCCAAAAUACUUUUAAGCAUGCUCCAAUUAAGGCUAAGGUUACAAAUAUGAUCUUUUGUGUGAAGCAGAUUGAGAAUUUUAUUAUUGCUGUAAUACUGUGGUCAAUUUAAUGACCUUUCCGAAGCGUACUUUUCAUUUCAGAGAUCUGGUCAGCUUGCAAUACAGGGUUUAAUGCACUUGCAUGCUUGUCCCUUCCCCCACAUCAGCAUGACCGGCAAGGAGAGGUCUUUUCAUGCAAGUUAUGAGGGCCGAUUGAAGGUGGUGACCCUUUGAAGGUUCCAAACUCCCUUCAAAAAAAGCAGUUAUUCGCUAUACACUAAUAUAAACAAAU